AUGAUCCCAUCAUCGCCCGAUUUCCUUUCAUCAUUCGACCCUGCCCUCCACCUCCACUCCGAAGACCUCAGCAACGCGCCCAACCCUCCCUCCGAAUCAUUCUCCGACGAUCUCGAGGCAAUUCACUUCCAGCGCCGCGAGCAAACUCGCAAUAAAGUCGUGAUUCAGCACCGGGCUUGGAAUUUGUCCGAUGUUUUUCGUAGCGACGACGAUAUAAGACCUGAUACUCCGACAAAAGCUGUCGACGAGACUCCGCGGAAGAUUACCAGAACCCCGGCUCGGACAUUAUCUUUCCUCCCGUCUUCUCCCCCUGUAACGACCAUGCCGUUUAUUUCGUCGCCUGCGGCUGCGGUGCUGGGCAAUUCGGACGGCAACGCGCAGAAGAGAAAAGCGCCCGAAGUCGGAGAGAGCUCGCAGUCAACAGAGCCCAAGCGGCAGAAAUACGUCGGUGGAUUUGUCGACGAAGAUGACGAUGAUGAGGAUAAUAUCGUUGCUCUAGAAGAGGAACAAUUCGAGUUACAGGAAUACCCCGAGGCAGAUCCGUCUGAACUUCCUGCGAUCUUGGAGCAGGAGGAGAUCCUCAGUCUUUCUCAACAGAAUGAUACCACGCCCACAGCCUCGAAUCCCCAAACCGAAUUGGUGUCUCGACCUAUACCUAGUGCACCGAAGAGAUUGUUCCAGAUCAAGACAUGCACCGGCAAGUCGCAUCAUAUUCCUCUACGAAGGGCUCAGGCUCCGGUUUCAUAUGAGCGCAUGAUUGCUAGUCGGUCGGAGACAGAUCCAGGCCGAGCAAAGAAGAGCUACUACGGAAUUGAGAUUCAUAAAUUGCUGGACGAAGCCGCAAAGGAGGCAAAGACAAAAGCCUCUGAGCCGGCGCCGGCACCGCCAGUCCAGACAUCGAUAGAGAAGAAUGAAGGAGACGCCAAGCAGAAGAAGAUGGAUUCUAUGAUGUGGACUGAGAAGUACCGUGCUCGCAAAUUCACGGACUUGAUCGGAGACGAACGCACGCAUCGCUCGGUCCUUCGCUGGCUGAAGGGCUGGGAUCCAAUUGUCUACCCUGGCUUGUCUCGGUCUCAGAAGAAGAAACCUGCCCAGGAGGAUGAAGGAGAGCGCGUGCAUCGGAAAGUUCUACUACUCAGUGGACCUCCUGGACUGGGAAAGACAACCCUUGCUCAUGUCUGUGCUAAGCAAGCUGGCUAUGAAGUCCUCGAGAUCAACGCAAGUGACGAACGCAGUAGAGAUGUGGUCAAAGGCCGCAUCCGAGAUGCACUGGGAACGGAAAACGUCAAGGGUGCCAAUGUCGAGGUCGGCGAGAACAAGGUCCGCCGAGCAGCGAAGCCUGUUUGCGUUGUUGUCGAUGAAGUUGACGGUGUUGUUGGAGGCGCUGGAAGCGGCGGUGAGGGUGGUUUCAUGAAGGCUCUUAUCGACCUUGUGAUGCUUGACCAGCGGAAUUCUAAGCAAGCAGAGAACGGCGGGAACAAUGGCAAGAAACGCAAAGGCGAUACCUUCCGGUUCCUCCGACCUUUGAUUCUGGUUUGCAAUGAUCUGUAUUCCUCAAGUCUUCGGCCUCUGAGAGCUUCAUCCAUCGCCGAGAUGAUUAAUUGCCGACAAGCUCCACUGGAAAACGUUGUCAAUCGAGUGAAGAAUAUCUUCGCACGGGAGGGAAUCCCCGCUGAUGGCGACGGAGCUCGAAGGUUGUGUGAAGCCGCCUGGGGAAUGGCAAGCAAAAAGCAGCGCGGCCCUAAGAGUUCUGGAUCUGCCGAGGGCGAUAUCCGCAGUGUCCUCGUCGCCGCCGAGUGGGUGGCACAUAAACUCCGGAAUGAAGGCUCGUCUAUGCGAUUAACUCGAGACUGGUUGGAGUCGCGAAUCCUCAACACUUCAACAGAAGGCGGCUCUUUCUUCAAGGAAAUGAGCCGUGGAGGUGUCCGCGAGAUCGUGAACCGUGUCUUUACUGAAGGCGCUGGCUUUUCUCACUCUCCAGUCGGCAUGACUUCUUUCCAAGACAAAUACGACGGGCCCAACACCAAAGUACCAGCCGGCGUGGCUGACUUGCGGAAACGGCAUGCUAUCAAUCGUCUUAGGGAGAUGGUGGAUGCCAGCGGUGAUCAUGACCGAUGUAUCACCGACUGUUUUGCCGCAUAUCCCAUUCAGCAAUACCAAGAUGAUACCUUCCUCUCAAAGCCCUGCGAUGCGUACAACUGGCUUCACUUUCACGAUUCCAUAUCUUCCAAGGUGCACGCCUCCCAGGAGUGGGAACUGGCUCCGUACUUGAGCCAGUCGGUCGUCGCGUUCCAUCAUCUCUUUGCUACAGCCCACGGAAAGACCGAAGCCGCUGAUCAUAAAGACGAAGGCGAGGCUGAAGAGGAGCACCCAUUCUCAGGCCCCAGGGCAGAAUUUGCUGCAUUAGAAGCACAGAAGGAAAACCGAGCAAUUCUACUCGGAUUCCACUCGUCUUUAUCUGCCUCUAUGACCCGCAUGUUCCGCUCCAUUGAGAGCGUUGUUAUCGAUCUGCUCCCGCACCUGGUUCGGAUGCUAUCACCAGAUGUCAAGCCUGUCAUCGUGCGCAGCGGCGGCGAGCAGCGCAGCACAGCUAGCGUGCGCAAGGAAUCAGAGCGCGCACUCGUACAAUCUGCCGUGCGUGUCAUGGCCGGAAUGGGCGUGACAUUUGAGAAAGUCCGAGUGGAGCACGAAGGUGGAGGCCACGGCGGAUGGGUCUACAGGAUGGAGCCACCAAUCGACUCGCUCGUGGCAUUCUCAAAAUUGGCUACAUCUGGAUCCUCAAGCGCCAAUGUCCCCGUUCGAUAUGCUGUUCGUUCAGUCCUGGACCAGGAAUUCCGCAAGGAGACCACGCGCAAACAGUUCGACGCGCGGAACGCCGUCACGACCAAAACGGUACUUGGAAAAUCACCAAAGCAUGACGCGGCUCAGAAGGCUAUUAGAGAAGGCCUUGUCAAGCGUGACUUCUUUGGCCGGGUCAUUCAAGAACCUGUUCGGGAGGCCAAGGAUACUGAUGGCCCCAACCCGUCGGACGAGACGUCCAAGGCCGGGAGAAAGGUGUGGGUGACAUACCACGAAGGGUUCUCGAAUGCGGUUCGCAAGCCCAUUUCGUUGGGAGAGUUGUUGGCCGGGCUUUGA